UCACUUCACUCGUCCUAACCAGUAGCAUAGCAACUCCACUCCACUCACCCUCUCGCUCCCGCUUAGCUAGCUCGGAGGCGCGCGAUCUCGACGCGCAAUGGCGGGAUCGGCCGCACCUUUUCUGAUCGGCCUUGUGCUCUUCGCGUCAGGAGCCGCCGCCACCGGCGACGACGGGACGAUGGAGAUUCCCCAUCUUCAGCUGCCAGGCACCCCAGACUUGGGCCGUGGUGACGGGUCCGACGCGCCGCCGCCGCCGCAGGGGCAGCUCAUGGACAUCAUGUCCACGAGCGGCUGCGGGGGGUUCGCGGCCCUCGUCGCCGCGUCGCCGAACGUCAGCGACGUCUUCCAGCAGCGCCUCGUACCGGGCGGCGGAGGGCUCACCCUCUUCUGCCCCGACGACAAGGCCGUGGCCGCGUUCGAGCCGAAGUUCGGAACUCUCGCCGACAGCGACAGGCUCGACGUCCUCCUGCACCACGCCACGGUGGCGCGCUACGUCCGGGCGCAGCUCGCGGCCUUCGACUCGGUUGCGGUGCGCACGUUGGCCACCAACAGCAGCCAGAGCAUCACCGUCCGCGACGACGGCGACACGGUUUGGCUGUGCACGUCGUGGCAAGGCGUCGCGGCCAAGGUGAUCAAGACGGUUUCGGAGGAGGAGGGGCCCCUCGCAGUGUACCUCGUGGACGCCGUGCUGCUGCCGGGCCAUCUGCGACAGAAGCUGGACGGAGGGGACGAGGCGGCGGCGUGCGGUGGCUGGCUGUACUGCUGCGUCCCGGUCUGGGUGGUGCUGCUCAUGGUCCUAGGGUCCAUCGUGGGCUUCAUCAGCGGCUGGGUGGCGGCGGAGGGCAGGUUCGGAAAGAUGCGGAUCAAGGAUACGCAGUGAUGCACAUCAAGGAGGAAUAGAAGACACCGGCCGGCUGUCUGCUCUGUUAAGAGUUUCAUGGUACAUUAGUCAAGUUUCAGAGUCUGCAUGUUGAUGUUUUGGAGUGCAGAGUGUAUCGCUGUUGCAUGGCACCCUAGUAGUGCUGGAGUGAGUUCUGCUGCUGGAUUGGCUCCUGUGCCGCAGCUGCAUUCACCACAGAGAAAUAAUUUGAUGUCUGUCUA